GACAGAAUGGAGGCGUCGCUGAAAAACAUUCACCCGUUCACCACAUACACAUACCGCCAGGAGCCCAUUUCACAAUAAACGGAUAAGGCGACAAACACCCCUGUCCAACUCAGCUCGUAACGUUUAUUUCCUCACACUGCAAUGACAUGAGGGGAGCAUGGGGGCCAAGGAGUCGAGGAUAGGAUUCCUGUCAUAUGACGAGGCCGUUAAGAGAGUCACUGAUGUGGAACUGAAGCGGCUGAAAGAUGCCUUCAAAAGAACCAGUGGCCUCUCCUAUUACAUGACCCAGCAGUGUUUCUACAGGGAAGUGCUGGGAGAUGGAGUUCCCCCUAAAGUCGCAGAGGUGAUCUACACCUCGUUCGGAGGCUCUGCCAAAGGGCUGCACUUUAACAAUCUGAUCGUGGGUUUGGUGCUGCUGACCAGAGGACGUGAUGAGGAGAAGGCAAAGUACCUCUUCAGCCUGUUUGCCAGUGAUCUGGGGGGAUAUGCUGCCAGGGAAGAUAUAGAAGCAGUUCUGCAGGUCCUGGAUGGAGAAGUCCCGGCCUCCCUGAAGGAGUCCUUCGGCGAGGGAGACAAGGUCAACUACGAUCGCUUCAGGAACUGGCUCCUGCAGGACAAGGAAGCCUUCACUUUGUCCAGAUGGCUGCUGUCGGGAGGAGUGUGCGUCACGCUGACGGAUGACAGCGACACGCCCACUUUCUACCAGACCCUAGCGGGCGUCACACACCUGGAGGAGUCGGACAUUAUAGACUUGGAGAAGCGCUACUGGUUGCUGAAAGCUCAGUCCAGAACCGGCCGCUUUGACUUGGAAACCUUCAUUCCUCUCGUCUCUCCUCCUAUUCAUGCGUCACUGAGUGAAGGCUUGUUUCACGCCUUUGAUGAAAAUCGGGACAAUCACAUCGACUUUAAAGAGAUCUCUUGUGGGCUUUCGGCAUGCUGCAGGGGGCCUGUUGCUGAGAGACAGAAAUGUAAGGCUCACUGUGGAUUCACAUCCACACAGACACCCCACAUAAGUCCCACCGCUGCCCAUAACAAGCCCGUUUCUCAGUUGAAGCUGAUAUCCAGGGAGCUGCAGAGUAGCGUGUCAGACAUAGUAGAAGACAUCCUAAAGAUGCACGACACAACUAAGCUGGGUCACCUGAGCCUCGAGGACUACCAGAUCUGGAGUGUAAAGAGCGCUUUGGCCAACGAGUUCCUGAACCUGCUUUUUCAGGUGUGCCACAUAGUCCUGGGGCUCAGGCCUUUCUGCUCCCUCUCAGCAGCACUGAGCCCACAGGUAGCCUCAGCCACAGAGAGCUGUUUCGCACGUCAGCACAACGUCUCAGACAACAACAAUCAGUGUUUCUCUGGAGCCAACGGCCACCUCCCCUCCCAGCUGGCAGCACAAAGACCCGGAGCCAUCGACAACCAGCCUCUGGUCACCACUGACCCCAUGAAGGCGCCCACGUUAACGAUGGAGGGCGGCAGGCUAAAACGCUCCCUGCAGCUGCUGCCUCGUAGAGACUUUGAGACGGUGCCAGAGCCUGUGUGGCGGGCGCUCUACCACUGGUACGGUGCCAACCUCAGCCUGCCGCGACCGGUAAUCUUGGAAAGCAAGACGGGCCAGCCGGAGCUGGAACUCUUCCCCCGCUACCUCCUCUUCCUUCGCCAGCAGCCGGCCACGCGCUCCCCCCAGUCCAACAUCUGGGUCAAUAUGGGUAACGUGCCAUCCCCCAACGCUCCUCUGAAGAGGAUGCUGGCCUACACGGGCUGCUUCAGCCGCAUGGGCACCAUUAAGGACAUCCACCUGUACCUGUCGCAUCUGAACACGUCUUUGUGUCCCAACUCAGUUCCCACAGAGAAAGGGGCGACUGGCCUCAGUAACCUUGGCAACACCUGCUUCAUGAACUCGAGCAUCCAGUGCGUGAGCAACACCAAGCCUCUCACAGACUACUUCCUCUCAGGGAGACACCUCUACGAGCUCAACAGAACCAAUCCUAUUGGGAUGCGAGGUCACAUGGCCAAGUGUUACGGCGACCUGGUGAUGGAGCUGUGGAGCGGGACACAGAAGAAUGUAGCUCCACUCAAACUCAGGUGGACGAUAGCGAAGUACGCCCCCCGUUUCAAUGGCUUCCAGCAGCAGGACUCUCAGGAGCUGCUGGCCUUCCUCCUCGACGGCCUCCACGAAGACCUGAACAGAGUCCACGAGAAGCCGUACGUGGAGCUGAAGGACAGCGAUGGUCGGCCAGACUGGGAGGUGGCCUCUGAGUUUUUAAUGAGACGCGAACCAAAGAGCACAAAGGCUCGUCUCACAUUUAGCCAAAAACAUUCUGAUGAUCGCUUCUGGGGAAAUGGACUGACGAGACAACAGUGGAACUUCCUGGAAGUUAUCAAGCUGGACGGCUCCACGCCCGUGCGCUACGGCCUGAGGUUGAACAUGGACGAGAAGUACACCGGGCUGAAGAAACAGCUGAGUGAACUGUGCAGCCUGAAGCCCGAGCAGAUCCUCCUGGCUGAGGUCCAUUCUUCUAACAUCAAGGUAUUCACACCACUUUGGUUCAGACGUGCUCACAGCAGCCAUCAGGAAAGCCACGGUACAUGCAUAAUCGAGGCGUGUGGGUUGGAGCCACACUUUGGCCGCGUUGUCUCAUUGGUGUGUGGAAAUGUCGCUGUGGGGGUGGAGGUGGUGGUCGCUCUCCUGGACAACAUAAAGGGCCCGUCUGUGGCAGACGCUGUGGUUGGUUCUUGUGAUGACAGCAUGGGCUAUCAGUACCCCUUUACUCUGAGGGUCGUGGGCAAGGAUGGAAACUCGUGUGCCUGGUGUCCGUGGUACAGGUUCUGCAGAGGCUGCACGAUAGAGUGCACAGAAGACCGAGCUGCUGUAGGAAAUGCUUACAUAGCUGUAGACUGGGAUCCAACUGCCCUGCAUCUCCGCUACCAGACCUCCCAGGAGAGGAUUGUGGAGGAGCACUGCAGCGUGGAGCAGUCUCGGCGAGCUCAGGCUGAGCCCAUCAGCUUGGACAGCUGUCUGAAGGCUUUCACCAGCGAGGAGGAGCUGGGAGAGGACGAACUCUACUACUGCUCCAAGUGCAAGACCCACCGACUGGCCACCAAGAAGCUGGACCUCUGGAGGCUGCCGCCCAUACUGAUUGUCCACUUGAAGCGCUUCCAGUUUGUGAACGGUCGCUGGAUCAAGUCCCAAAAGAUCGUCAAGUUUCCACGGGAGAAUUUUGACCCCAGCGCCUUCCUGGCUCCCAGGGAUCUCGAGCAUCGCUGCCUCCACUCCCGCAGUGAGAGCGAGGAUCUGCUGAGGGUCGGAGAAGACAACCUGUCCUCCAUCUCUGCACCCGCUGGCUUUGGCAACCUCCCCAAAGCUUCCCCAGCUUCAAGCAGGAAGUCUGCUCCCUCUCUCAGCCGGAACAGUAGCCCGUCUGGCAGCCCGAAGGCCGGGAGCGGAGGCCGCAGACCAGGUCGGUUGCGCCUUCCCCAGUUGGGCAGCAGACAUCGCCUCUCCAACAGCAAGGAGAACCUGGACGGAGCAGCUAAUUCUGAGGCCGAAUUGAGAGACGAUGCACCGCAGUGCCAUUCAGGAAUAUUGGGAGGAGGCCACUACGUGACAUAUGCCAAAAACCCCAAUGGGAAAUGGUACUGUUACAAUGACAGCAGCUGUAAGGAAGUGCACUCCGAGGAGAUCGACACCGACUCGGCCUACAUUCUCUUCUACGAGCAGCAGGGAGUCAACUACUCCCAGUUCCUGCCAAAGAUCGAUGGCAAGAAGAUGGCCGACACCAGUAGCAUGGACGAAGACUUUGAGUCAGACUACAAGAAAUACUGCGUCCUCCAGUGACCGCAGCUCGUCUUCCAUCAGCCAGCACUACGCCCGCUCGCCUCUUUCAGCCUGCUGCUCUGAAUAGGAAGCGCCAGAAGAUCUCACGAACGGCUGACAGUUGAACCGCGCGCCGUCUUUGCGGCUGCUUCGCAGCACUUUCUAAACUCGACUGCAAACACGGAUCGGUGAAAAGGUUCGCUAAGACAACAGCGAAGCCCCUCCCUGUGAAAGCACCCAACCGGUGCACUUUGCUGAGCCCAACGAACUCCCGUCAGCUCCCACCCCGUGAUCCUCGCCAUGACAUAGAUGUAAAAUAUACUUGCACACUAACGCAUCUCUGAAUGUACGGCAGUACGGCCGAGUCAUGCAGCGAUGUUGCUUUUUUAUCGUGCACUUAUCACUUGUGAUGUCAGGAUUCAAAACAAAAGCUUUUUCUACCCAGAGUCACGAUUUGACCUGAGCAGGGAAACCCGACGUGCUCCAGCUGUGAGUCCCUGCAGGCCUACGGAUGCCAACGGGGCCCAGCGCUCACUGUGUGCUGCAGUCACAUUUAGUGCCACAGGUCAACGCGAUGCGGAGACGACGGACGCCAGGGCGAGCUUUCAAAUGGUUCUGCUGAGGUUUUAUUAGCGAUAGUGUGAGUAGGAAAACACGCGUCAUACGCUACCUCAUCACUUCCUGCAUUCUUUCAGCCAACCGGAGCCCAGAAGUCUGUGACAGUAUUAAUAUCAUGAAAUGCUUCCUUUUAGUGUAGGAGACUCGGUACAUACAUUUCAGGAACACCCCCACAGAGACCCCCCUCCCCUUCCAGGACACGCACGGGUCCUGAUGUUCACAUCAAAUUCGGCACGUUUGCCAAAAACUGUGUUUGGUCCUGCAGCUGCCAAAUAUCCACGGUGAUUUGUGCAAUGUUGACCAGUAUGUAGCCACGACGACUGAGAAUCUGGGUUUGUUUGGGACAGGUGCCAUGAUUCAAAAGGAUGUACGGUUUAUGUUUGAUUAUGUAAAUGUGUCGUUUUAGAGGAUCGGCUUUAUUUUUUUAUUUUUCCUUAGAGUUGCUUCAGGCUGCCUAAAGGCCCACCUGUAGACAUCAGGCACGUCUCCACGGGCUGAUGCAAACCUCUGCAGUUCUCUGCUGUCGACCCGAACCUGGACUUCCUGCGUCCAUCACAGCCAAUUACUUAUUUUACCGUUUGUUAUUUUAAAAGUGUCAAAACUGAAGAACCAGAGAUUUUUUUUAUUUGCUCAACUUUAGCCUUUAUUACUGUGUCUCAUAUGGCUUCUGUACUUUGCUCACAUUCGAGUCCCACAGAUCGGUGUGUUUCUAACCUUCACCGGGUGUCACCUUGGCUACUUUGCACAGAGGCAGCGAGGCCUUUGUUAACCACGAGUGUUACACAUGUUGCACUGUUGGGGUUUUUUCUUUUUCACGCAACUACAGCAGCUUUGCAUGAUUCACAGUUCAGGUACUUUUAGUUGCACCGUGCAAACGUGGAGUUGGAAAAGCACCUUUGUUUUAACUUCUGUCCCUGAAGCGAUCACAUUUCAUAUAUCUUCUCUCAGUCAAUUCAUACAGACCUGAUAAACCUUCCUGGACUGUGAGGUCAGAGGUCAUGCUGUUUAAUAUGAGCAGUGACUUUUGCACCAGUGUGUGCACGAUAGGAAAUAAGGAAGAGCUCCUUCAGUGUCGAGUGCGGACGUGCACUCAUAGAUCGGACAGAUUUCUAACAAAUAUCUCCGAUAAAUUCACUCGUGUGUGAUUUCUCUCCCCUGUCAGAGUUCACACACUGUGUCAGACAGUUUGUAUUUCAUUUGAGACACAGUGAGAGGCGAUGACCAACGGAGCGGCUGCAGAGGGUUGGUCAGUCGCUUCUCUCUGACUCCACAUCAUUACAUUUUUAAAGCUUCCAUCUUGUAGUUUUGAGUUGUUUUAAUGUGUAAUAGGAACAGAGCUCCUUUUAACAGCAUGUUUCUGGCUCAGCCUCGGCUUCAAUGCCACUCAGCACACCUAAAACCUGAAGUGUGAGUGUAUAAAGAUGCAGUGAAGUAUCGCUGCAGUGGUCCCACCUCCUGCUGCUCAGGUGAUCAUAGAUGCUCCUGGAACACUUUUUAUUUUUAGGGGGAAAAAUAAAUCUAUGGAUAACCACGUGUUGGCUAGCUCACUGGCUACAGCCUCCAUAGGCUUGUGCACUUGGCCACAUCUGCCCUGCCUCGUGCAUGAGCAGCCUGCUUGUGAAUGACACCACCAAUGCAAGCGUUCACCUUUCUGGGUAUCAAGCCUGGAGAGCCGUGUGCGGCGCCCCCAUCCUGCAGCAGGGGUGCUGAAACCACAUGUUUGUGAAUGAGUACCAUCAAAGCACAACACAAACUGUAUGGUCUCACUCCAGCUUCUGUAUUUCUAGCAGAUCUUAAUGCCCAGUCUCAAUAGUUGGACUUUCACGAUCUCAUUUUAAUAGCUUAGUGUUUCAUAUCUUAAACCAGUUUCCCCCUUUUCCUCCAGUGGGCCAGUCCAACUCUGAUGGGUGUCCAACAAAAGCGAGUGACGUGUCAGUGUGGACAGAGCAGUGGCAACAGUGUCCAUUUUUAAUGAUUUCAUUUCUUAGCUGCUGGCAUAACGUUUGAUGGUUUCUGGUGGAAAUGAAUAAAUAUUUAAACUUGUUUUUUCAGGAAGUUCUAUGAAAGUUUUAAGAAAAAUCAAAUAAGUGUCUUAGAACGUUUUCACCUUUUGCCGGGAUGUUUUCAGGGAAAUGAUUUGGAAACAACCACGCCCCCCGUAGACAGAUGUGCUCACGUGUGGAAAGUAACCAAAGUCUGUUUGCGUGAGGACGGUAAAUGCAUCGCUACACGACUGGAGCCAACGUUUGAGCAAACGAUUUGUUUCUGUGGGCCGAGUCAGAGCUGCCGCUCCUCCUUUUCUCUGAAGGUUCGGCUGCUUUGACCUGACUGCUGAGGUCUCUUUGAGACGGACGAGCCCAUGCUUUCACCGCAUGCUUCCAGCUGCAGAGUUCUGUGUGUCUGCUUUGUAGCAGCAAUGGCGGAGCUCCCGUCACGUCAGGGGGCUCCGUCCAAUCACUGUGAACAGACGGCAGACUGUCGAUGGCGCCCGGCUUCGUCUUCUAGAGCGCAGAGCCUCGUCUCCCUUUUUUAGCUGCUGUAUUUGUGACGAGACGACUUUGUUAUGGAUGUACUUGGAGAUAUAUCUGUCACUGAAUGAAACUUUAUUUCCUUCUGCAAAGAUUACAUUUGUUGAACAAAUGGAAAUGUACAUAAGAGUGUUAUUUAUGUUUGCUUGGCCAGCUCUUCUUCUUCUCCCCUCCACCCUCCUGCCGUUGCACUGAGCUGUAGACGAUGUCCAGUUUGUGUCUGUGGUUGAAGGUUAUCACAGGACUCGAAGGAAAAAUUGUCCCUUGAGGAGCUCAGUUUGCGAUGUUUGCUCUACUUAAAGGUGCAAUAGAUGUCAACUUCUUUCUUUUUGUGCCCUCAAAUGGCCGGUAGCUUCUUAGCAGAAAUGUUUCAUGUCGGGGUUACUUUCAGCACAAUUUUUCUAACCCAGGAACGAGGAUUUGACGCCCAGGGAAACUGGACUCUCUCUGAAACUGGGCAAACACGGAUUCUGUAGAACAUCGGGCUAGCAUCUGAAGCCCCGCCCCCCAGGAAGAUUAGUUCACAGUGUGUCAGGCGGUGCAAUCGACUACUGAGCUGUCUUUCAGUGUGUGUAGCCUCUUUUUUUUAUUUAAGUUCAUAUCUGUCUGAUGUGAACCAGAUGUGUUAAUUUAAUAAACUUUUUUGUAAGGUGUUCGUUGGAAGAAAGUCACAUUGCACUGACAUGAAAACGUGUACAUAAACAAAACGUGUUUUUGUAAAUAAGCCAAUGAAAACUAUGUAUUUGAAUAUGAACUGUACAAAAUACUGUACCUGUAGUUGUGUAUAUGGAGUGAUCCUGUUGAUCUGUAACGAAAUACCCAAGCAACAAAUAAAAUUCAGCAAAGGAAAUGACA